ACGGUGCGCAAGGGGAGAGGCGCCGGUCGCAGCGGCAGCGCGGUGUGUGUGGGGGGGCCGCGCUGCCGGUGAUGGGGGGCAGCGAGAGCAGCCAGAGCAGGAAGGUGUCCUUCGGGCUGGAUGAGCGGCAGCAAGUCCGGGUGCUGCAGGGCAUCAGGCUCUCUGAAGAUGUAGUGAACAGAAUGAAGGAAUCCCCUCAAAAUAAGAGGGACAUCCAGAGACCGCCCCGUGCGUCCGGUGGCACAGCUCAGCCCUCGCCACCAGCAGAAGAGAAACCCAAAUCUCCUGCAGGAACGCAGCCACCAGUGGCAAGUGACUCUGGUCAGAAUGCUUCUGCUGCGAAGCAGGAACUGCACAGGAGGUAUGAGCAGGAGCAGGCGCUGGUCCAGGAGGAGCUGCUCCGGCUGGCCAAAAGAGAGAAGGAGGCAGCCAGUGCUGCCCUUCAGCGGGAGAGGGCCAGCGCUCGUGAAGAGAGGCAGAGGGUAGCCCAGAUCCCUGCGGAUUUGGAUGCCUGGGAGGUGGAGCUGCAAGGCAGGGAGGCUGAGAUGAAGCGGCAAGAGGCCUUCUACAAGGAGCAGCUGGCCCGCAUUGAGAGGAAGAACGCAGAGAUCUACAAGCUGACGUGUGAGCAGUACAAGGAGGCAGCCAGCAAGGCGGAGGAGUGGAUCAAGAGGAGGAACACGGAUCCUGUCUGUGCAAGCCUCCAGGCUGAAAUCCUGAAGUGCUACCAAGAAAACAAACGUGAAGUGCUGAAAUGCUCCGAGCUGGCUAAGGAAUACCGGCGCUGUGUUAGUGCAGCUCAGAAGCUCCCAGCUCUCCCUUCGGGCAGUGGGGAUGUGCCAGGGGAACGUGCACCGGGAGCAGGGACUUCCAGGCAGCUUCUCAAACCACUGACCCCUUCCUAAGGAGGGUGAACCCCUUCCUGAAUCUGUCAUCCUAAACCAGGCCGGCAGCCAGGCUUUCCAGGAUUUCUGGCACCUCCGUAUGGGAAGGACCACUCUUCGCUCUUGGUGUUCCAGAUUAGAUAAGUUUGUGAGAAGUAUCCAGGGGAUGGGGAGCAGGAAAGAGGAGCUCAGCGCUGCAGUGGAAGCACUUGGUGUGGCAGAAGGAGGCUUGUUUCUGCCUGUGCCACCAACCCGUGGCACCAAACCUUGAAGAAGUGGGUAUUCCGGGGUGCUGCAUCCCUCGUGCUGCUGGGAUCCUGCCCCAGCCGGGAUUCCUCUGCAUUCCCAACCUGGCCUUGAACACCGCCAGGGAUGGGGCAGCCACAGCUUCUCUGGGCACCCUGUGCCAGCACCUCAGCACCCUCACAGGGAAGAAGUCGAUCAAUGUUUUCUCAUGGAAAGGGGGAAGGAAGUCUCCAAGACUGGGAAUACUGGGAUUUGGGUAAUUUCUUUGCUUGCUCCCUCCUACCCACUGUCAGAGGUGCUGUUAGAAAUCAGAGCUGGAAUGAAACAUCCCUGCUCCAUCCGGGCAGCAUUACACACACCAUGGUGGUGCCAGGACAUGAGGAAUAAACCCAGCUCAGCUCUUCCUGGGGUAUCCUGGUAUCCUGCCCCAUGGAUAACAGGCUCUCCACUUCCUCCCAUCCCACCAGCAGCAGAACCACGGUGACCUACAGAACCAUCUCAGGAGGACUCAUGGCCAAGGAGCUGGAGCCAAGAGGCUGUAGAUGCCUUUGGGCUGCAAACAUCCUGCUGCCCCGAGCUUGGAAUCUCACAGGGCUGGAUACUUCUUCCUCACCGAGGUUUGUGAUGCUCCUCACGGGAUCCCUGUGCUGCAAUAUAACAUGCCUAUACAGGGAAACUGUCUUAAGUAAUGGUUCCUGCAUUUUUUUUAAAGGUAUAUUUAUCAUAUCUUUUAUUGGAAUAGAAUUAAAGUGAAAUUAGAAACUAAAAUAACUUUAAUUACGAA